GUUGCAUAUAUUUUCCUGCUUUUGACAGAAUGUCUCUCCAUUCUUACUGUAUAAAGUACAGUUAGUAUUUAUGAGUCAUUGAGGACAUUUUGAAAUUUUAUGUGAUACUUAUUGAAAGAUGGCAGCUACAAGAUGCAUGGGAUGUUUGGUCCUGCGUCAUGUUCCUGUCUUCAAAUCUCACGGACGACUUGCCGUAUCUCGCGGAGUUCAUCAGGCGAAUGUUGUUUAUCCAUUCAUGUUAGGUAAACGAUGGUUUUCAAGCAAAGGAUGGAUACUGCCAGAAGGCUAUGAUACAGGAAUAACCAUUUACAAUAGUGCAGUUAGAGAAAAGGUCCCGUUGAAGACUCUCCAGCCUGGUCUCUUAACGUGGUACUCUUGUGGCCCAACUGUGUACGACUCUGCACAUAUUGGCCAUGCCCUGGCAUAUGUGAAAUUUGACAUCAUAAGGAGAAUUUUGACCAAGAUGUUUGACCUUAAUGUUGUGAUGCUCCUUGGGGUAACUGAUAUCGAUGACAAAAUAAUCAGACGGGCUCAGGAUCUAGGUGUGGACUUCCGAGGUAUCACCAAAUACUACGAGGAAGAGUUUUUCACUGAUAUGGAUAAGCUAAGAGUCAUGAGGCCCACCGUAGCACCAAGAGUUACGGAACAUAUCCCACACAUUAUUAGCUUUAUUCAGAAAGUCAUAGAGAAGAAACUUGCUUAUAGUGUAAGUGAUGGUUCAGUAUACUUUGAUACAGUAGCCUAUGGCAAGUAUGGAAAAAUGGUGCCACUUCCAAAAGUAACAGAUCUUCCGAAAACCAGCCUGAAGAAAAAUGCACGUGAUUUUGCCCUGUGGAAAGGUGUCAAGCCAGGAGAGCCUUUCUGGGACUCCCCUUGGGGUCAUGGCAGGCCAGGGUGGCACAUUGAAUGCUCAGCAAUGGCAAGUCAUAUCCUUGGGUCACAAAUAGACCUCCAUUCUGGUGGUAUCGACCUGCUUUUUCCUCAUCAUGAAAAUGAGGAAGCCCAGUGUUGCGCAUAUCACACCUGUGAUCAGUGGUGUAACUACUGGAUACAUGCAGGUCAUUUGCAUACCAAAGGUGCAGAGAAAAUGUCCAAGUCUCUUUAUAACACUAUUAGUGUUAGUGAAUUACUAGAACAGCAUUCUGUUAAUUCAUUCAGACUCUUCUGCCUACUGUCACACUACCGUAAUAAGGUCGACUACACACCAACCUCAAUGGCCCAGGCCAAUGCUCAUCUUCGUAGGAUACGAGCAUUCCUCCAAGACGCCUAUGCCUACAUCAACGGACAGCUCAAGUGCGGACCGCUUGACGAAGUGGGACUUAAAAAGAAAUUAGCAGAAACGAGAUCAAAAGUCAAGAAGUCUUUAGCUGAUGACAUGGACACAGUGAGAGCCUUUGAUGCUGUGCUAGAGCUCAUAGCUCUGGGAAAUAAGGAACUGCAAACAAAGCCCCAGAGUAUGAGCAUAGCCAGGAGUGCAGGAACCAUGGUCUCCAUCUGCAGCUACAUUCAUUACCUAAUGGAGGAUGUCUUUAGCAUUACCUUCCCUAGUGUGCAUGAUGCUGCCAGUCUUUCUCUCGAGUCAGGAGGACGGUUAGCAAGUGUAAUGAAUUCUGUUGUCUCACUGAGACAUCAAGUACGAAGCUAUGCCCUCCUCCAGGAUGAGAACUCAACAAAGGAAAUGUUAACAUCAGCAGAAAAGAAAUUACGAAGGCAAGAGCGAGCACCUCUCCUUAAUUACUGUGAUGAGUUCCGUAGUAAUUUGCAGAAAAUUGGAUUGCAUAUCAAGGAUCAUGCUGGCACAUCAUCCUGGUCAGUGGCCGAAGGAGCUAGCGGAACGGACAAGUUUAAGAAAGCAAAGGAUGAGGAGUCAGCGACAGUCAAGUCAUAAGACCUGGAAAUAGAGACAUUCCCAGUCUAACGCAAGACUGAAAGCUUUGGCUCAGAUUCGUAUCUCAGACACGUUUGCAUUUCCUAGGUUAAAGUCCGGAUUCAGGUUUGAGUUCAGUGCUCUCCUUGUUGCUGUGUGGCCUGUUGAUUCCCCAUCAUUGUUGCAGAUUUGCAGAUAUAUUUGUCGAAUCUUGUGAAGUGGUCUAGUCUGGUAAUUAGGGCUGAAGAGUGAAGUGUUUUUUUUUUUUUUUCUUUUUUUUUUUGGUAUCCCAGUUUAAGAAUAUAGUUAUAUUUGUAUAUGUGAUCAAGUUAACUGCAGAUGAAACUUUUUUAAUUACAUAUUGAAAAUGUAUAGAGGACUCUAGGUAGAAUCAUGUGUUAUCAUGUAAUUGUUAUUCAGGGAAUGUUAUUGCUAUUUGCAGUGAAUUGUACAUAUAUAUUUAUAUCCAUAUGUGUAUACAUGAAUGUAAAUAUUUAUCUUUGUAUAAUAAAAAUUGUGAAUGAAAUAAGAGAUUAAUUUUCAACAGUAGUUUUUAUUGUUCAAAAGUUUUCACAGACAAUGAAAGACAAGUAUAAAAAAUAUUUACAAGUAAUCUUAACGGCCGUGAAAAUUGUCUCCAGUUUUAAAAUGGUCAUUUCAUAUUCCACACAACAUCUCCUUUACAUAAAUCACAACUCAACAAUAAGCAGCUCACAACAUCCAGGAUGGUCUUCUGGUUUCUGCCUUGUACAACAAUUAUCCAAGGGGCAGCAUUUAAUAUGAAGAAAGGCAGGAUGAAGAG